AUGCGCAAGCAACUAGAGGAUCUUAUGCAAAAGACGGGUUUGCAUAUAGAUCUGGACAAAGAAGUGGGGGAGUUACCCGUUGGAGACCAGCAACGGCUGGAAAUCUUGAAAGCCUUGGUGCGCGGUGCCAAGGUGCUGAUUUUGGACGAACCCACGGCAGUACUUACGCCGCAAGAGACGGUGCAACUCUUUGGCGUAUUGAAAACCCUGCGCGACCAGGGUACUACGAUUAUCAUCAUCACCCAUAAACUCAAAGAAGUGAUGGCGCUGUGUGAUGAAGUCACCGUUAUGCGUCAAGGCCAAGUGGUGCAGACCGAAUCGGUUGCCAAUACUUCGGUAGCGCAACUGGCGCAAGCAAUGGUCGGGCGCAAAGUCAAUAUAGGACGCCAAGACGCAAAAACUAGUCGCGCAAGUGAUGCCCAAGAGUUAUUACAAGCGCAACAAUUGCUUUGGCGCGAUGCACAAGGGGUGGCGCGACUCAACGACGUAGAUGUUAGCCUUUAUGCGGGUGAGAUUUUGGGCGUGGCAGGCGUAUCUGGCAAUGGCCAAAGCGAACUGCUGGAUGUGCUUUGCGGCUUAAAAACCCCCCAAGAAGGCAAAAUGGACUUGCUGGGCACAAAUUUCACACCAAGCCAUUGGCUAAAUCCCAAGCAAGCGCGCCAAAUGGGCUUGGCCCAUGUGCCCGAGGAUCGCUACGCUAGAGCCUUGGUCAUGGGGUUUUCUGCCUGGGAAGCGGCAGUAUUAGGCUAUGAGGGUUUGCCUAAAUUUAGCCGCUCAGGCAUUAUGCGCCACGCCAAUAUGCACCAAAGCACCAACGAGAUGAUGGAAAAAUUUGAUGUGCGCCCGCGCAAUGACCAAUUGCGCGCUGGCAGCUUUUCUGGGGGCAAUCAGCAAAAGCUGGUACUGGCGCGCGAGCUAGGACAGUAUCCCAAAGUAUUGCUGGUAGGGCAGCCCACCAGAGGUGUGGAUAUCGGCGCCAUAGAGUUUAUCCACAAGCAGCUGCGCACGAUGCGCGACGCGGGCAGCGCUGUGUUGGUGGUAUCCAGCGAGCUCGAUGAAAUAUUGGCGCUGUCAGACCGCGUAAUGGUUAUGAACCAAGGCAAAGUUACUGGCAUAUUGCCUAUAGAAGAGUGUGAUGAAAUUAAAAUUGGCCUCCUCAUGACAGGAGGAAACAGCCCAUGA